AUUGUACAUUUGGUGGACAAGCUGGAUUUGUGGCACAGGCUGCCAGUGUUACUGGGGCUGGCGUACAUGGGGAUCAGAAGGCACUUGCAUCAACGUUACAAUCUCUUGCAUGUUGGGGAAAUCAACGGCCAGAAAUAUGAUACAGAGGAGUUUUGUUAUCGGACGGCAGAUGGAAAGUGCAAUCACCCUAGUGAUGAUACUGUUGGCAGCCAGGGAACCUUCUUUGGCCGCAACAUGCCACCGUCUUCUUCAGCUUAUGGGUUGCUGGAUCCUCACCCAACAGUGGUAGCCACAAAGCUUUUGGCAAGGAAAAAGUACAUAGAUAAUGGGAAGCAAUUCAACAUGAUAGCUUGCUCUUGGAUACAGUUCAUGAUUCAUGACUGGAUUGAUCAUUUGGAGGACACCAAACAGGUGGAACUCACAGUUCCUGAAGAUAUUGCAAGUAGUUGUCCAAUGAAGUCAUUCAAGUUCUUCAAGACCAAAAGGGUCCCCACUGCUUCACUUGAUAUGAAUAUUGGCUCUCUAAAUACAAGAACUCCUUGGUGGGAUGGCAGUGUAAUUUAUGGAAAUAACGAUGAAGGCAUGAGAAGGGUGAGGACAUUCAAAGAUGGGCACUUGAGGAUAACAAGAGAUGGACUUCUUGAUCAUGAUGAGAAAGGGAUUCCUAUUUCAGGUGAUGUUAGAAAUUGCUGGGCAGGCUUUUCCCUUUUACAAGCCUUGUUUGUCAAAGAGCACAAUGCUGUAUGUGAUAUGCUCAAAGAGAAUUACCCUGAUUUUGAUGACGAGAAGCUCUAUCGACAUGCAAGAUUGGUGACUUCGGCUGUCAUUGCUAAAGUUCACACCAUUGAUUGGACUGUAGAACUUUUAAAAACUGAUACUCUUCUGGCAGGAAUGAGGCUCAAUUGGUAUGGGUUACUUGGAAAGAAAUUUAAGGAUUUAUUUGGGCCUAUUUUGGGACCAAUACUAACUGGAUUGGUUGGUCUUAAGAAGCCAAGAGAUCAUGGAGUUCCGUAUUCUCUUACAGAGGAGUUUGUCAGUGUAUACAGAAUGCAUUGCCUUCUACCUGACGAACUCAUAAUAAGGGAUAUCAAAUCCACAGAGCCGGAAUAUGAAAGCCCUCCUAUACAAGAAGAGGUGCCUAUGAAGGAAAUGGCAGGAAAAGAAGGCGAGAGAAGGCUGUCAAAAAUUGGAAUGGAGCAAAUGAUGGUAUCAAUGGGUCACCAGUCAUGUGGAGCUCUCACAUUAUGGAACUAUCCAUCAUGGAUGAGAGACCUUGUUGUUCAUGAUAUCAAUGGGGAGGAUAGACCAAAUCGAGCUGAUAUGGCUGCCUUAGAAAUCUAUAGAGACAGGGAGAGGGGAGUUGCUCGGUACAAUGAAUUCAGAAGAAAUUUAUUGAUGGUUCCUAUAAGCAAGUGGGAAGAUCUAACAGAUGAUGAAGAAAUCGUUAAAGCUCUCCGCGAAGUAUAUGGAGAUGAUAUUGAGAAACUUGAUCUGCUUGUAGGCUUACAUGCCGAGAAGAAGAUCAAAGGCUUCGCGAUAAGUGAGACAGCUUUCUUUAUCUUUCUCCUAAUUGCAUCAAGGAGGUUAGAAGCUGAUAGGUUUUUCACCACCAACUUCAAUUCCCAAACAUACACAGAGAAAGGCCUGGAAUGGGUUAACAAGACUGAGACUUUGAAAGAUGUUAUCGAUCGCCAUUUCCCUGACAUGACGAGAAAAUGGAUGAGAUGUUCAAGCGCAUUUUCAGUCUGGGAUUCUGAACCUAAUCCGAAAAACUAUAUCCCUCUGUAUCUCCGACCGGCCACCUGAUCAGUACUGUUUGAAGUUUUGAUGACAAUGUCAGUAGCCUUCUUGUAGAAUUUGCGUAUGUAUGUAUGUAUAUGUAGCUUUCAGGAUACUAAAAGGCCAUAGCAUUUGUUGUAUGCCAGAUACUCUUAAUAAAAUUCAAUCUUAUUUCUAUCCA